CUGGCCGCGCGUUGGCGUCGCUAUAAUUACAUUUGGUGAUGCACAUUGGCCUGCACAUCAGCACACGCAUUUCUCGAGAGCCCAUGCUUCGCACUCGUUCUGGGGUCAUGCCUCGUGGCGCCGGCCGUGCGGGUCGGGCAGCACAACUGGACCUCCAGACCCGUCGUGAGCUCCGCCCUGGCCAGACAACUCGACGCAGGCCCAGCCGCGGCCACGAGGGCGCUCUGGGGUGCCCCGCAAAAACACCGACGGAGGCGCCCGGGAAGAGCACGUGGAGCGACCUGCUCAAGCCGCGGAGGCGCGCGCGGCGGCGCAUCUGGACAGCCAGCGAUUACAACGGUCCCCCGCCUGGCAGCUCGCUGCCGCGCUCGAGGCCCGCGCCAGCGACGGGCGACGAGGGGGGCAACGUUCUUGGGGGACGCGCGACAUGCCGCCGCCGACCCAGAGGGCCGCGGAGCCCGACCACCACUGAGCCCUCCAGGGCGCCGACGCGGGCCCAUCACCCCGAGGAGGAGGAGAGGGAGGAGGAGGAGGAGGAGAAGGAGGAGCAGGAAGAGGAGCACCAAGUGUUGCCCCUGAGCCGGAGGAAGGCGCGAUGCCGCUGCCGACGAGGGGUGCCGAGGCCCGCCGAGGCGCCCAUCGCCGCGGGUGGCUGCCGGCGGCCCCGUGCUCGGCAUCACGCCGCGCGCCGCGCGCGGCCGGGCUGGCGAGGUGCUGCCGAAGGCCCCUCCUGGACGACGGAGACGUCGUCCACGGGCGCCCCACGACCAGAGCUGCGAGGCAGGGACUUAUAACGAAUGAUUGAUACGCAUCCACCGGCCGGGAACCGGUGUCCUGGGACCGCCCAGGGGCGGUGGAUGUGGACAUGCUCAGGCGCCAUGGGGCCCACGUACAUCCACAGCCACGGCCCCCGAGGUCCGGGGACGUCGGACUCCUAGGCGGUCGGCAUGGAGAGGCCCCAGCCUCGGACAGGCUGGCGACGCCCCUGCGACAGCCCGUGCGGCUUCGAGCGCCCAAGGCCGGAGCAGUCCAUGCAGACCAGUCUGAGCGGCGAGGAGAGGAAAGGGCCCGCCGCACCAGGAGGCGGCGACCUCGCGCGAGGGCCCGCCGCAGGCCGCAAGCACGGCUCGCCGCGCGGACGAGACGGCGCCCGCGCGUGGCCUCCCGCGGGCAGCCUGCGCAGUCGGCCCCCCUACUGUCUCCGUCGCCCGCCUCGCGCUGAGGGCGAGGUCGCGACGUGCCACAUCUUAUGUGUCAGGCACCGCUGAGAGACGGCGUGCGCCGUGGGCGCCGUGCGCCGUGGGCGCGGCAGCGGUGCCCGCCUGCACGGCCCCCCCCCUCGUGCUCCUCCUUCACGACGCGAG